CACACACACACACACCACCUCGCACUUGCACUCUAUCGAAACAGCUACAUUUGCACACUUGAACUAGAUCUCUUACUGAGCCAAAGCUGAGGGAGAGCAAAUUAUAGAUACAAACACACACACAGACACACACACAUUGUGAUUCAAAUAUUUAAACACUCACAUAAACACAAACACUCAAACUUUGAGAUACAAACACAUACACAUUUACAUACUUGAGGAAAAUCACACACCCACACACUCAAACACACACAGACAUACACACACACACACACACACACCGGAGCCGGAGACCCAGAGGAAAAAUGAGCCGGACUGUGCCACACUGGGCGGCUCUUGGCGCUGCAAAGAAAGGAACAAGUGCACAGCUCGAGCUCUCAGCGGCCGUGACGGGUCUGAUGGCCCCUCGCGACGCCCUCCGCCGCUUCCUCCUGCUGAAAUAUAUCCAGACGCUGCUGCUGCCGCUGGGCAACGAGCUGCUGCUGGCCGUGGGCGCUCUGGCCAGCCUCUACACCCUCCUGCUGCUCUCCUCGCCGCGCGUCUCCCGCAAGGCUUCCGUCGUGCUGCUGGGCCAGCUGGCCAGGGCCGACGGCCUGCUGCUGCUGCGCUGGGGCCUGGGCCUCGAGUCCGGUCUCGGGCUGGGCGACCUGAGGCUUUCACUGGGCUGCGUCGGGCAGGCGAGCCCCUGGAUCGUGCGGGGCCUGCUGCCCGAGGCCCACCACCUGGCCAGUUUGCUGCUGCUGAGCUGCGUCAGCCUGGAGGCGCUGCUGGUGAGCCACUGGGCGGCCGAGUCGCGCCACGUGCGGACCACGCACCACGCCAGACUCGCCUGCGCCCUCAUUUGGACCGGAGUGGCGCUGCAGCUGGGCUUACAGGUGGUGGGACGCUGCUCGCGGGACUCAAACUCGGACGCAGACGGGGGGCUAAUCGGGCGCUUCCUGCAUGUCUGUGCUACUCUGGCUCCACUCUCGCAUGCGCUGAUGCAAGGCCUACAAGGGCUGCUCUGGGUGGGGAACACUUGGGUGCUUUAUACGGUAUUUUACCGUAAGACACAGAAGGGAAAGAGCUGUUUCCACUAGAGCUCUUCCCCUUUUUUGGGCGUAGCCAAAACAAACAAGCUGGAGUAGGAUGGAUUGUAUUUAUGCUAUUUAUACUGUAUGUCUUCUGUUAAAGUCGUGGUUUGUUUUGUAUUUAUCGAGCUGAGGAGUUGAAGGUAUUGUGUGCCUGGAUCUGUGUGUGAAGGAUGAUUUGUCUCUCUCCAGGCAUUAAUGGAAAAACUGAUGUCAUCUGCCUGGCAUUCACUUUGUUAAGAGGAGAGCGAGAGAGUGAGAGUGAUGCGUGCGUGUGUGUGUGUGUGUGUGUGCUUGUGU